GCAAACUCACCUUCACUACUCACACCAAACCAAAACAAUGGCCCCUCACGCAGUAGAUCCCAUCCCAGACUCCGGCGUCGACCUCAUCCAACACGACGGCACCAACUACGGCGACUGGCGCGAUUAAUUCCACAGAGAUGGCUUCGCCAUCGUCAAAAACGUCGUCAGCCAGGAAAAAGCAGCCUACUACCGCCAGAAACAAAUCGACUGGCUCCAAUCCUUCGGCCUAGGCUUCGACCCCAACGAUGAAUGCACCUGGACCCAAGACCACCUCCCCGUAUCAUUCAAAGGCGGCAUGUACUUCUCCUACGCCUCCGCACACGAAAAAUUCGUCUGGGAAUCCCGCUUGGAGCCUAAAGUCCAAGAAGUAUUCACAAAGCUUUGGGGAACAGAUGAAUUGCUUUCUUCAUUUGACGGCAUGAAUAUUACGUUGCCGAGACAGAAAGAUCUCACAUGGUCUCCGUGGCCGCAUUGCGAUCAGAGUCCUCAUCGUAAGGGAAUGCAGUGUGUGCAAGGAUUGUUGAAUUAUCAACCAAAUGGACCUAAAGAUGGCGGAUUGAUCGUCAUGAAAGGAAGCAGCAAGCUCUUUGAUCAAUUCUUCUCAGAGACGAGAGAACAAGAUGAUCAUGAAGAUAAGCCACCUGAGGAGGCUGAUUUCAAGGACUUGUUCAUUUUCAAAGAGGAAGACGUGCAAUGGUUCAAAGACCAUGGAUGUGAAAUGAUCAAAGUGAACCUCGAGCCCGGAGACAUGGCCAUCUGGGACAGCCGCACAAUGCACUACGCCUGUUUCCCCGAAGGCGACCGCAUCCGGCACGUCCAAUACAUUUGCCAAACCCCCGCCAAAUUCGCAGAACCCGAAACUCUGAAGAAGAAAGCCGCACUGUUCAAAACUUGGCAAGGCACAACUCACUGGCCACAUUGCAAUAUUCGCGAGACGGGACCUCCGAUGAGGAAUGGAAAAGAAUGUCCUUUGAAUCGACACGAGCCGUUGGAGAAGCCGGAGAUUACGAAGAGGUUGUUGCAGUUGGCUGCUGUGGAGGCGUAUUAGUUAGGUGUGCUGGGUGGAGGAAGUAGUGAAGUGGAAAGAAGAAGAGGAGAGGGAUGGAUUGGUGUUAUUACUUGCUACCGCGCGAAUGCGACCUUUCAUUGAGAUACCCAGAUUUGGAUAGUCAGACG